GUACUCUUCAGCAGAAAUAAGGAAACAGUUCACCCUCCCACCAAACCUUGGCCAGUACCAGCGGCAGAGCAUAAGUACCUCUGGCUUCCCCUCUCUUCAACUACCUCAGUUUUAUGACCCUGUGGAACCAGUGGACUUUGAAGGACUUCUCAUGACACACCUGAACAGCCUGGAUGUGGAGCUGGCACAGGAGCUGGGAGACUUCACCGAUGACGACUUGGACGUGGUGUUCACGCCAAAGGAAUGUAGGACUUUGCAGCCCUCUUUGCCGGAGGAAGGGGUUGAACUGGACCCCCAUGUCAGGGACUGUGUUCAGACCUAUAUUCGGGAGUGGCUAAUCGUGAACCGGAAAAACCAAGGAAGUUCGGAGAUUUGCAGCUUUAAAAAGACUGGAUCUCGAAAAGAUUUUCACAAGACGCUUCAGAAACAGACGUUUGAGUCAGAAACCUCGGAGUGCAAUGAACCCACCGCUCAGCCAGGCCCCCGCCGCUUAAACGUGCUGUGCGACGUGUCUGGGAAAGGCCCCCUCACCGCCUAUGGCUUCGACCUCCGCAGCCUGCAGCCCGACCAGCAGCUGGAGAACCUCCUGCAACGCGUGAGUGCCGAGGACUUCGAGAGGCAGAACGAGGAGGCCCGCAGGAGCAAUCGGCCGGCCGAGCUCUUUGCCCUGUACCCGGCAGUGGACGAG